AUGUUAUCAAUCUUCAUUGCCUUUUGCUUCAUUAAAACUACUAGUGGAAAUGAUAAAUUUGUAACUGGAACUGCCCUCUAUCGUGCUACUAAUGAAGAUGAUAAAUUCAGAGAAUUCACAUACAAGAGCUUUACUGGAAAUUCUGAUUCAUUAAUAAUUGAAUUUGAAAAAAAUUCAAUUUUUGGUCUCAUUCAAACUAUACCCAUUUCUUCUGCUUCCGAUUUUACAUGUUCGCCAGAAGAUCUUAAUGCUUUCCCCUUAUUUAUAGAUUCGAACGUAAUUGUAUCUUAUACAAAUGUAAAUAGUCAGUAUGACUCCCUCAAAGAUAGCCUUAAGAAAGGUGUUAUUUCUGCAAUUGGAAGAUUAAAACUAAGUCCUGUUAGUAAACUUCCUCAUAUUAUAUCAUUAGAAAUUGAAUGGAGCUAUGCUUCAAAUGAACUAAAAUCUUCGCUCCAAUCUCCUACUAAAAAAAUCAAACUUACCAAGCAAUUUAAUAAUCAACUUGAUUUGAUUGAAGAACAAUAUGCUACUAUAAAUUCUCAAGACUCCAAUAAAAGAAAAUGA